AGUAUGUACGGCACUCACUCACUAGCUACUCGUGAUUCAUGUGCCUUACAGGCCUGGUCAACAAACAAAUCGCUGAUGACGAAGAAACUGAUGGGGUCCCUGUUCCCGAUGCGUCUCCCACAACUCGUCGGUGGUGGAAGGUCCAUGGCCAUCGUCUCCGACAUUGCACUCCAAGCGAAAAAGAAAUAAUAGAAGCAAUGACCACCAUGAGAAGGUCAUUUGUGAUAACGAGACGUCGACGAUGGYGGCAAACGGACCCAAUGACUACCACUGGACACGCCGCUGUUCGCGGAAUAUCCACUAGCAGCGGUUGCCAUAACAAUAUCUUCCAACAUCUUCCCACCUCUUCCACGGCYUACCAUCGCAACAACAACAGAGAUCCAUUYCCWUCUCGACGACACCAAAACCGUAGUCGUAUAUAUGGCUCGAAAUCUCACAUGUCUACUUCCACGGUAGCUUCCGUGUCUUGCUGGGUCAAAGACGUCGUGAGGACGAAGAGCCUCAAUCCACCGAAUCCAAUUCUCCAAUCCCUGCCAUCCGCCGAAGCCGUACUUGACUCUAUGCCGAUGGAUCCUCGAACCGAUUGCAAAGAGCCGACAAAACGUGAUGCACCAAUCCCACUCCUGCCCAGAUUCUCGGUGCUCCAACCCCAUCAUCUGGAAAAGGCAGCGGAAGAAAUCCGUCGGCAAUACGACGUCGAAUUGGCACAGCUCGAGGUCCGCCUGACGUCGGUGCAAGGGGAGGACGGRUCGGRUGGCGGGAAAMGARCAGCUCGGAACCGAUCCGCUCUCUCGGCCYUGCUGCUGGACAUGGAUCGCCUGACGGCCCCGAUCGCACACCUCUCGGCCGUUUCCAAUCUGUACGCGACGCUGGCGGCACCGCCCGAUCGCAUCGAUGACUGGAGCCGUGCCUCCGAUGUUGCCGACUCCUCUACGACCCGCCGGUUUCUCGAACAACUGUACCGAUCCGGAAUUGUUUACAAGGCGCUCGUCUCGGCCCUCGACGAAACCGGGACCGGCACGAAAUCUCCUUCCGUCUUGGUUCCCUUUCACAAGCGCGGAGCGCACACGGGCACGGGUACUCACGGUCCCUCCGGCGACAGCGACAGUGACAGCGACAACGAACCAUACCUGGAGGACGCGGAGCGCUUCCAGCAGAUACAGGACGAGCUUUGCGUCUUGAACGAGCGCCUGGGAAACAUUGCCAUACCUGGAGGACGCGGAGCGCUUCCAGCAGAUACAGGACGAGCUUUGCGUCUUGAACGAGCGCCUGGGAAACAUUGCCAGCUACGAGCGAGCCAGCAAGGCCAUGCGGCUCCAGUGCAUGUCGGACAUGUACAACUGCAUAGGAUUGACACGGAUGCAAGCGGAAUCCCUAACCCAGAAUGCUUCCGUCUGGGAACUGGCACGACUCCAGCACAACCACAUGGUCGCCUCGCCACACGACGAGCUGACCUCGAAACUCUUCCCGGAGAUUGCUCUCUUCCUGGAGCCCUUCUUGCCUACCAAGACCAAGCUGGACCUAGAGGGGGUGGGCGCCUUUUUGGAGAGCAAGUCCGAGGUCGCAAACAAAUACUCGAGUCAGAUCAGUGUCGAGGCGCAAAAGGCGUCCAUGAAAGCUAGGUUUGACUUCAAGCAGCGGAUGCGGUUGCACGGAGUCAUGGAGGGCCUGAUCGACUUUUGCGACGGUAUUCUGGGCAUCUCCGUCGUCGAAGACGACACGGCKUUUGGAGCGGAAGCCGGGUGGAGCAAAAACGUUCGCCUCUUGCACAUCUACCAAAAAMAUGCAACGGGUUCUACCGCGGAGGGAGAAGAAACAGCGAACAGCGAUGACAACAAGGGUCGCUAUCUCGGAACGAUCUACUUUGAUCCCUUUGCCGAUUCGUAUUGGCGGACGGAGGACGCAAAAGAGCUGGUUACGACCAAGCUUUUUAGCGAACAAUUGACAGGCCAGACGAUUGCUCCGGUGGCCAUCAUGGCGUUGAAGAUCACGCCCAUCUGGGACGAUACCCCGGUCCCGAUGACCUGGACGGACACCAGGGACUUUUUGUACCAGUUCGGAACCGCCCUCCAGUUGAUUCUGACGCAGGACUGCCGCAGAAACAACCACCAUACGCAUACCAAUGACGUCAUGAUUGACCCCGUUCCCAUAGAUACAUCCGAGUUUCUAGGUCACGUAAGUAGAAUGAGUUGUGCUCUGCUGCGWUGAGUCAAGCUUAGUUAGCGAAUGCUCUCUAGUGUUCCUUUAUGAUGCUUGGUAGCUAUGAUUUACAUUACAGUCAACAGGGUUUUGGAAGGUGACGAUACAUUUCAUCGAUGCAAACAUUCUAAUCCUUUGAUUGUUUUGCUCGCCUGCCCAUACGCGAAUGCAGUUUAUGGAGAUGUGGAUCCAAAACGAUGGGUUUUUGAACCGAUUGGCCCAACUGUCACAGGAUGAUUUGCUGCUCGAAGACGACACGCUGAAAGUCUUACGAAAGGAUAUCAAAAAGGAAAAAGCCCUCGAGAUUAUGAACACCAUGUUCUUGUCGCGUCUCCAAUUCACAGUCUUCGACGGUUUCGACCCGAGGGGCGACGAAACACUUGUCGCGCUUCAGGAACGCUUAGCUACGCAAUACCUGCCAAAGAGCAACCUGCCGGACCCAAGCGAUCUCUCGCCCCUGCUUGCCAUCUUUCAACAGAGUGGUUUGGACCAAACCAUGUCUGCAUACGGGACGCUAUGGUCGGAGGUUCUGGCUGCCACUGUGUACGAAAAAUUCCAGAACACGGAUCUCCGGGAUCGAAAGGAAGUCGAACGACUGGGAACAGGCAUUCGCGACCUCUUUCUCUGCGGCAGCACUGAAGACAGCACUCAGCAUCUAUCGAAGAAGGAUUUCGAACAGUUGUGUGGGAUGAAAGAAKUGUCGGGAGAAUGUCUGAAACGAGUGUUUGGUUUCGAUACGAAAGACGACCAAGAGCAGGAUGUGCCGUAGGCCUUACGGAAGAGGCAUAAUAGUUGAUGUUGACAUAAAAAAGUUCAAUCCAAGCCUAAACAAAUAAUUCCUCAUAGUACUCUUWCKUAGCCUAGUCUUCUUGUGUGAUGACGCAAUACAACGACUAGAAUGUGACCUUGGCUUGCKUSGAAAGCUCAGGAACAUCUUUUUCGAAAGAUAAAAAUAUCAAUAUGACUUGUCUGACUUCCCUUUAUAUCGGAAUGUUUCCAAUCGGUUCUCUCUCUUCAGUAUUUUGUCAAGCGUGUGCACAUAUCAAGUAAGUUUUUCAAAUGGCCAUUUAAAUACCCUUUUAAUUCAGAAAAUCUUCGUUAUAGUAUUUAAUAUAUGCCUAUUUAUUGUAGAACCGAUACCACUGAAGAGGAAGGAUAGCAAUAAUACAAUCAAAAACACACUAGGAUAGUUCUCUUCCUUGCAUUCUUAUAACAUCAAGUAAUUACUUACGAUACGACUCAAUCGUGACGUGUGAAUCAUUGCUAUCAGCAGAAAAUGCUUCCAGAUCGAUUGUUCAUAGAACUUCUAGUUUUAAAUCCUGAUCUAUCCUGAUAAAUAAUACGAAUACCAACAGCUACACAAUUAAUGGUGGAGAAAGAUGAUUAUGUUCUUUACGAAUACCAACAGCUAUACAGUUAAUGGUAGAGAAAGAUGAUUAUGUUCUUACCGUGUGAAGAGGAAUCAGGAAUCAUCUCAUCAUUUGUGAUUUAGGCUCACACCACCAUACGAAAAACUGAGCAUUUUUUACAUCAUAUUUUUUCAUCAUUUGUCUUUGAUACGAAACAUGAUGGUUGCAGAAUUGAGUUACGAUACAAUCUCGACUGUUAUCAACAGCUGGGAACUAUUGAGGCGAAAGGAAAAUUUUGCGGAAAUAGCAGGAAUUGGCUUAUUCGUCAGGUAAGUUUUUAAAGGUUGGGGGGGUCAAGAAUAGCUCCGAAUAGAUGUCGUUUAUUUUUGAAGGCUUCCUUUCCUCAUCGUUUUGUGCCGUUUUUCAUUUUUCAAUAAAAACGAUGGUAACAACACACCCUAGAUUCUUCUCCGUGAUACCCGACGCCAAGUUCCUMUUUUGCGUUAACGACAGGGAACAGAUAGCGAUGACCAACGAGGAAUUCUUUCAAAGCAACAGAUUCAUGRCACAAGCCAAGGAAUGCAUCAAAGCCCUUGACUCUGUCGUCGAUAUGCUCGGACCCGACCUGGAGAUGCUUGCUGAAAUAUUUCAUGAGGAGGGCGUCACACUUCGUAAAAAAUAUGGAGUCGAGCCCGAACAUCUGCCAGUCAUGAGAGAAGCCCUAAUGGAAACACUGAAAAGCAUUCUCGGAUCGGAAGCGUUCAAUGAUCGGACAAUGAAAUGUUGGCUUGAAGUAUACGGGGAGUUUACGAAGGACGUGGUGGCGGGGAUGGVAAAAACCUUCGUUUGACCGUUUGCUUCAUUAUUCACUGUCCGAAGCCAGCUAGCUUGACGGCUCGUAGAUCAAACAGCACUGAAAAAUGGGGAAGGCGAUGGCAARGCAUAAAAAUAAUUGUAUUUG